AUGGAAAAAGAAUCGACGAAACAAAUUAUCAAAAUCAGUCAGAAGAGUCCGUCGAACAACGACGAUUUAAGAUGCAUUCGAGCGAUAUUGUUCGUUAUUCAAUUCGGUUAUCCAUUUUCAUUGGUAAGUAAACUGGAUGAAUCCAUAUCAUACUGUGAAUAUUUAAUAGAAUGUGAAAGCAUGUCGCGGAUGCAAGAAAGCCUUUGUCUUGGUAAUAACAACUAUAAAAUGCCAUUCUGGUUGCCAUCAUCGAAUAAAACUGCCCAUCGAUGUUAUUUGGCUCUCCGAAAUGAUUAUAUUUUGCAAAAGGACAAAAAGGACAAAACAAUGUCUCAGAUCGGCAUUUUAUUUCAUGAUAAGUCAUGA